AUGUCUGAAAAUUCAGAUAUGAUGUAUCCAUUUGCAUACCCACAAAAUUCUUCCUCUCAUCCAUCUAUUCAAACACAACAUAUUGUCUCUCUUCUUCCAACAAAACUCAACCGUAACAACUACAUUUUGUGGAAAGAUUUAUUUCUUCCUAUUCUCAAGGGCUAUGAUCUCAUUGGUAUUGUUGAUGGAUCGAAACCUUGCCCUCCUCAGUUCCUCACCACCACAACUAAGCAAACAUCCACCGCCUCACCCCAACAAAUCAUAGAAAACCCCUCUUUUGUGCUUUGGAAUAAAAAGGAUCUCAGCUGCAAAAUCAUCAUCAAUGCUUCUCUCACUGAAAGCAUUCGUCCCCACACAGUAGCUUCCAACACCAGUCGUGACCUUUGGUUAAAUCUCGAGAAAAGGUUCUCCUCUACAACAAAGUCUUAUCUUUUCUCGCUCAAGACAAAAAUCCAAACACUCAAAAAGGGCUCUCUCUCGAUUCUUGAAUACUUACAGCUCAUUAAGCAAACUGCAGAUGCUUUUGCUACAGCUUAUUCACCACUUGUUGACAUAGAUUUUGUGGCCCAUGUUCUCAAUGGCUUACCCCCUGAAUAUGACGCCUUUGCCACCUAUAUCUGGGUUCGAUCUGAGACAGUCAAUGCUAAAGAGUUUCAUGGCCUUCUCCUAAGUAAAGAAAUGGCUCUUAGUAAUCAUACUCCCACACUUUCUGAACCACAAACCAUUGCCUUUCACACCAUAUCAUCCAAACCUAACUCUCAACAUCCACAUCCUUCACCUUACAAUAACCCCAACUAA